CAUGAUUAAAGCUACUUCUGCCAUUCUCCUACUUGGCUUUGCCGUUUUGGCCAGCUCGGAGCCACUGCGUCAACGAUUCGUACCACGUCGUGGACUGGCGCGUCAGGAACUGGCAGCGCCUCCGAGUCCAGCACCUACAGGCUAUCCGGAGGCGGGCAUCACGCCUGACGUUCCCUUUGACCUGCCCAGCUCAACUGCACAGCCGGAAGUGAAUUAUUUGCCACCGGAUAAUACAUACGGGCCACCAGACAGCGUAUACGGUCCACCUACAAGUGCGGAUGAGGCGGUUGACACAGCACAGCCAGAUGCUGAGCUGGAAACAGAGUCAGAACCAGAGCAACCAAUUGAAACAGACGACAUAUCAGUCCCAGAAUAUGAGACACCCGGAGAAGCCAAGCAACAGCCAGCGGAGGAGCAGGAGGAAGAUGUGCUGGUAGAAGUAUCUGAAGACGGCACUGUCAUUGCCGUUUCCACAACACUCGAUCAGCCGGAGGAGAAUAAGUCGGCCCGAUUCUAUCAACGCUUUCCCCAAGGACGCCGUCGGCAGCAACCAGUUCCUCAGCGUCUGGUGCUACGUCGUAGUUGGUAAAUCUCCAGCCCUUUCCAUGUAAAUGCUAUUAAUAAAGUUUGGUCACUAAAUCUUUGGUUUA